AUGGAAAAUUCCUCUAUUAAUUCAUCAAUGAAAAAACCCUUCUCUUCCAAAGGAACAACAACGAGAAGCAACGGCUCGGAUGAAGAGAGCGGGUGGACUGCUUACUUUGAAGAUUAUUAUUAUUAUGAUCAGCAAAGCAGUCACUGCAAUUCUAGUUCUAGUUGCCGCGGUGUUUCCAUCUCGGGCGCGGCGGCGGUCAGCGUUUCGACAUCGGGUACUUCGAUAAAAGCUCCGACGAAAUCAAGGUCUAGAAAGACGAGAACCAAAGAGAUUUGUGGGGAUGAUUCCUUGGAGGAUACUGCUAGUUCUCCUGUCAAUAGUUCCAAGGUUCUUGACGUGAAAACAAACUAUAUAAAUCCCAGAAAGAGAGAUGAACAAACCGGCCGUAGCUGUCCGGUGAAGAAAGGUUCGCCAGAGAAAUAUUCAGAAAAGAGAGUUUAGCUCCUUCGACCAUGUUAGAUAG